AUGGCAGUUGAGGUAGCAUGCGAGGAGAUACCAACAAAGCUCGAGGACGACAUGAUGUUUUGGCUCAACCAAAGCAACGGAGAAGUGAACGUUGUACUCAGUAUCGAAGUACUGCAGGGAAAAAUCACGAUUGCGCAAUGGAAAAGCAACGAGCAUGGGAUUCCCUUCCUGGUGCAGAAUAUGGAGAUCACCAAGGAUCCGGCGCCAGGCUGUGACCAUAUUCAAGGUAGCAUCUGUAUUCCCUUCGAAGACAUACAUUGCCAGCCCAGACCGCAGAAUAAGAGUGAUUUUGUCAUGACUCGUGUCGGCAUGGAAAGCCUGGCACAUCAGAUAUGGGCUUUCACAAUUCUCUUGACACUUAACCCUGUCACAGCGCCUCUCCGUCUCUUCGACACUUCUAUGGGCGAUUAA